CGCCGUGGCGAAAGUGCGGCUGCGAAAGCGCGGCGAGGCCGGCGGGGCAGGAAGCUGGGACUGCGGCCGCGGGCCUGCGGGGCGCCAUGGGCCGUCUGCACUGCACGCAGGACCCGGUGCCCGAGGCCGUGGCCGGUGACAUGCAGCAGCUGAACCAGCUGGGCGCGCAGCAGUUCUCAGCUCUGACAGAAGUGCUUUUCCAGUUCCUGACAGAGCCCAAGGAGGUGGAAAGGUUUCUGGCUCAGCUCUCUGAAUUUGCCACCACCAAUCAGAUGAGCCUUGGCCCCCUCAGAAGCAUCGUGAAAAGCCUCCUGCUGGUUCCAAAUGGUGCCCUGAAGAAGAGUCUCUCCGUAGAGCAGGUGCGGGCAGAUUUCAUAACCCUGGGUCUUAGCGAGGAGAAAGCCACUUACUUUUCUGAAAAGUGGAAACAGAACACUCCUGCCCUUGCUCAGUGGGCGGUAGGUCAGACCCUGAUGAUUAACCAGCUGAUCGAUAUGGAAUGGAAGUUUGGAGUAACAUCUGGGAGCAGUGAACUGGAGAAAGUAGGAAGUAUUUUUUUACAAUUAAAGUUGGUGGUUAAGAAAGGAAAUCAAAUUGAAAAUUUGUAUAUAGAAUUAACCUUGCCUCAGUUCUACAGUUUCCUGCACGAGAUGGAGCGGGUUAGGGCCAGCAUGGAGUGCUUGAGUUGAUCCUGUGCGCGCAGCGCCCUUCACCAGGCAGCUCCCAGAGGCCCCUCCUGCAGGUCCUCCAGCUUCUUGGGAGCCCAGGUGCAAAAGGUUUCUGAAAAACAACAGGAUUAAGUACUUAAAGGGCCCUGCACCACUUCCCUGUAAACUUGUUAAGGGAACCACCACCCCUACCUCCCAGGAGGUUUUAGAUUUUCGGACAGGCUAUUGCAUCUCAGAUUCACCGGUGAAAAUAAAAGUUCCAAAGCAAACGAACGGUGCCAUGAUACAAAAUGACGUGCUCCACCUCUUCCCUGCCAAACACAGAGCUGGCUUGUGGCUGAGGGAGAGGAAGAGCGUGGGGAUGAGCUGUGGGGCUCCCUCCAGUCCCGCACAUUCCGCCUUGGCGGUGGUGGUGUUUGCCCGUCAGGCUUUACUGAGAUGCCUCUGCACAGGCAUGUUUGUACCCUCUGGAAAGAUCGCUGUCCAUUCUUCUGGGUUUGUCCUGUCACACUGUAGUGAGGCAAGCUUUUAGAGGCUGUUGUAGCUUGUUUCUUUUCCAGUUGAACAUCUCUGCUGAUUAGAUGGUGAAUAAAAAAGGCCCUAAAAAGAGAAGUAUGGGAGCCCAGCACUCUGGGAGGCUGAGGUCUGCAGAUUUGAGUCUGCACUGGGCAAUUUCAGUGAGACCAUUCUCAAAAAACAAAAGGAAGGAAAGCUGGGGAUAUACCUUAAUGCCAAGGCCCUAGGUUCGCUCCCAGAACCAUGAAAAUGGAACAAAAAGUAUGAGUCCUGCUACCUUUCUGCAUCUACAUCCAGAGAAUACUGCUCUUGUCUUCAAAAGUAUCUUCCUAAGGUCAGGUGUGGUGGCAUCUACCUGUGAUCCCAGCACUCAGAAAGCUGAAGCAGGAGAAUCACUGUGAGUUUGAGGCCAGCCUAGGCUAUAAUGUGAGACCUCAUAUCAAAAAAAUGAUUUUCAAGGGCUGGGGAUUUAGCUCAGUGGCAUAAGUGUCUGCCUGGCAAGCAUGAGGUCAUGAGUUCCAUCCCCAGUACCGCAAAAAAAAAAAAAAGAUUUUCCUAGUUUUGUUAAAGGUUCUGAGUCUCCAGUGGGAUGGUCUGUGGUCCAAAAUUGGAAUUUGUAAGAGCAGCUCAGGAAACUGGAAUUAAAGGCAUCAUGAUAAAGGCAUACCUGUGAAUGUCCCCAGUUUGUUAUGUGGCUUUUCUUCCUGCUCCUCCCUCCGUCCUCGGAACUUUGUGCUGUUUUGGAUGGAUGAUGUGUGCCCAUAGCAUGAAAGAUCCAUUGUAAAGUUGCUUUCCUCGGGGCUGGGGAUUUAGCUCAGCGGCAUAAGCACCUGCCUUGCCAGCAGGCAAUCGUGAGUUCGAUCCCUGGUACUGAUAAAAACGAAAAAGACAAAAAAUAUAUAUAAAAAUAAAUAAAUAAAUAAAGUUGCUUUCCUCUC